AUGUGGAAUGUGGGGAUGAGCUCAAAGCAGAGAGAGGACUCUGAGGAGAAGACCUUUGAGACAGAAGCAGACCUUGAGAAAGACGACGAUGUCAUCGCUUUUGGUGUCGAGCUCAGCGACGAGGAAAGCACCGACGAUGACGAGGGUGCGGAGAGCACUCUGGAAGACGGUCCUACCGUACUCGCACGGCAAGCGCACCAAAAGGCGCUUAGGGCCGCCAGGGAUCAGAGGUGGAGACUGGCGAGGCGGCUGUUUGAAAAAGGGGUGACAGACUUCCCGGACAAUGCGCGCAUUCUGACGAGCGCUGCAGUCUUUGAGCAGAAGCAGGGGAGGUAUGCUGUCUCAAGGGAGUUGUUUCAGCGGGCGGUGGCAGUGGAUUCGAAGAAUGUGGUCGCCUUGCAGGCCUGGGCUCUCAUGGAGUCUCGCUGCUGCAACCCCAGUUGGCGCCGCCGCGUGCGCUCGCUCUUCGAACAAGCCACGUCAGCAGACCCCUCGCACGCCCCCGCUUGGCAAGCCUGGGCCGUCUUUGAGUGGAAGCAGGGGCGCGCCGCGCUGGCCCGCCAGCUGUUUGAGAAGGCGACGUCGGCGAACCCGAAGCACGCCCCAAGUUGGCAGGCUUGGGCGCUGGUAGAGAGCAAGGCGGGGCAGUGUGAAAAGGCUCGGGCCCUGUUUGGGAAGGCGCUGGAGGCGGACCCUGGGCAUUUGCCUGCGAUUCUGGCGUGGGCAAGGGUGGAGUGGGGCCUCGGAGAGAUGGCCAAGGGGCGGGAGCUGUUUGAGAGGGGGGUGAAGAGGGCGGGGAAAGCGUCGCUGGCGCUGUUGCAUGACUGGGCCAGACACGAGGCACGCAGCAAGCACUUCGGACGCGCGCGCCAGCUGUACCGCAAGGCCGCGGAUCUGUACCCCGGCGCUCCGCAAGCGUGGCUGUUGUGGGGCAAACUAGAGCAGGAACUCCAAAAGUACGACCGCGCCCGGGAGCUCUUCACGAAAGGCCUGCAUGCGAGCCAUGGCGAUAAUGAGAUCAUGUCGCAUGCUCUUGCGAUGCUCGAGAAGGAAGCCGGCAACCCGGACCGUGCGCAGCGCAUUCUCGCGGAACUGGUGCAGCGUGACCGGAGCAAUGCGCGCGCCUGGCACAGCCUGGCGGACCUGUGCGUGCGCAAAGGCCCGCCCAAGUGGGACCGUGCGCGGGAGUGCUACCAGAACGCCGUCGAAUUGGGGCCAAGUCAGGACAAGGAGGGCCGCGCCGGGACGUUUGUCGCCUGGGCGCAGCUCGAGGCGAUGGCCGGACGUAACGACACCGCACGGACGCUGUUUCAGCGGGCGGUAGAACUUGUCCCGGGAGACGCAGAGCAUUUGCGCAAGUGGGCGCAGUUCGAGAAGAAGGCGGGACAGGAAGCGGACGUCCGGGCGAUCUUCCAAAAGAGCAUCGAGGCGGGGCCAACGGCGCGCACGUAUUUGCUGUGGGGCCAAUGGGAGAAGCGCCUCGGCAACCUAGACGCCGCCACCCAGUGCUUCGAGAAAGGCAUCUCCGUCGAUCCGGAAAACCCGUUCAACUACGUGGCCCUGGCUGCGAUCCACGUGGAAGACGGGCGCGUGUCAGAGGCACGUGACGUGUACAAGGCGGGGACUGCCAGCUGUCCGACGUACACGGCACUGUGGAUGGAGUGGGCGCUGCUCGAGGUCCGCCAGGAUGGCGGUGAAGGGAUCCAGCGUUCCCGGUGGUUGUUUGCUCGGGGCAGCCGGUUAGAACCCCCCCACAUUCCCUUGCUUGAGGCCUGGGCGACCGUCGAAGAAAGCGUUGGUGACGGGAGGGUCGCCCUCAAGCUCAGAGCAAGAGUCGAAGAGAUUGAGGCCCAGCGGCAAGGUGCGGAGUCCGAGUCUUCACCUGUAGAGAUCAAGGGCAACGAGAUCAGGAUAGACGAGGGAGCUGUAGACGUUGCUAGCGGUGACGAGGUCGACAAUAUAAAAGUAGGUGGCGCUUUGAAACAGCGACGGUCACCAUUAGAUAUACGAACGCCGAGUAUAGGAGCGGAGGUUGGGCGCAUCGAGCGGACGCAAAAAGUCGACGACCUUAUUGCGUCCUUACUUACAUGACCUUCUUUGACAAAGAUAGGUUGGUUGCGCUAGAUGUCAUCGAAUGCGUCCUCAAAGCUCAAGCCCAUACACCCGUUGACUGAUCAAUUAAACAUGGUUUUGAUAGUAGGGUACUUAGGACCGACUUUGCAGUAGCUUGCAUGCGUUUGCCUCCAAGACUGCAUGAGUCCCCCGCUUCUGAAUAUGGUUGAACCCCCUCGGCG